ACUAAGGUUCUUGAAAAUCAAAAGCCACACCUGAAAAAAGGCUCAAAAUUGAAUCCAUGAAUUUUCUAUCUUGUUUAUUCAUCUGUUUCAAUUUUCUUUCCAUUGCACUAAUCUCCACAGCAUUAGACACCAUAACUAUUGAUCAACAACUUAAAGAUGGUGACACAAUUAUUUCACCUGGUGGGGUUUAUGAACUUGGAUUUUUCAGGCCUGGAAAUUCGACGAAUUGCUACGUCGGUAUAUGGUACAAGAAGAUAUCAGCUGGAACUGUUGUUUGGGUUGCCAACAGAAAUAGUCCAUUAAAUGAUACAACAGGAGUGUUGAUGCUCAAUCCUGAAGGAAUCCUAGUACUUAUCAAUAGUACUAACGCGACAGUUUGGUCGUCGAAUUCAUCAAAAAUAUUGAAGAAUCCAAUAGCAAGAUUAUUAGAUUCAGGGAAUUUUAUAGUCAGGGAUGAAAAUAAUAGUGAUCCUGAAAAUUUUGUCUGGCAAAGUUUUGAUUAUCCAGGGGAUACUUUGUUACCUGGAAUGAAGCUCGGGCGAAAUUUUGUAACAGGCCUGGAUUGGUGCAUUUCGUCGUGGAAAAGUAUGGAUGAUCCUGCUACUGGUGAAUAUGUUGACAGGUUUGAUAUUCAGGGAUAUCCACAGUUAUUUGUAUGGAAAGGUUCUUCUAUUUCAUUUAGUUCAGGUCCCUGGAAUGGUCUUGCAUUUAGUGGAAGUCCUAAAUUACAACCAAAUACAUAUUUUUCGUUCGGGUUUGUCCUGAAUCAGGAGGAAGUUUAUUACAAAUAUGAUCUUAAAAAUGGAUCAAUGCCUACUAGGCUUGUAUUGACUCCUGGUGGUUUGAUAAAUCACUAUACUUGGAUCGAUCGUACAGAAAGUUGGUUUCUUUACUUGACAGCACAGUUUGAUAACUGUGAUCGUUUCGCGUUAUGUGGUCCUUAUGCAAGAUGUGUGAUUAAUAACUCGCCCCCGUGUGAAUGUUUGAGAGGUUUCGAGCCAAAGUAUCCGCAACAAUGGGAUGUAGCAGAUUGGUCAAGUGGAUGUGUAAGGAGAAGUCCUUUGGCUUGUCAACAAGAUGGAUUUAGGACAUUUACGGGUAUUAAAGUGCCUGAUACGCGGAAAUCAUGGUAUAAUGGAAGCAUUGGACUCGAGGAAUGCAAGACGUUGUGCUUGGCUUAUUGCAACUGUACAGCCUAUUCGAAUCUUGAUGUUCGAAAUGGUGGAAGUGGAUGCUUACUAUGGUUUGGUGAUCUCAUCGAUAUGAGAGAGCUUAGCGCGAAUCAACAAGAUCUGUUUGUGAGAGUCGCUGCUUCAGAAGUAGAUCAAGACAAGAAACGAAAGAGAAAGCGGUCAAGGCUGAUUGCAAUCAUAUCAGCAGCAGUCGCGACUUGUGUCCUCGGCCUUCUAGCUUGGUAUGCAUUCCACAGAAGAAAAAAGAGAACAGGUAGAGAAGUUGGAACGGACGAUAUGGAGUUACCAUUGUUUGAUUUAGUUACUGUUGCAACUGCUACUAAGAACUUUUCUUCUGCUAAUGUGGUCGGAGAAGGUGGUUUUGGACCUGUUUAUAAGGGUAAACUACCAAAUGGACCAGAAAUAGCAGUGAAAAGGCUUUCGGAAUACUCAGGACAAGGUCUUCAAGAGUUAAAAAAUGAAGUGAUUCUAAUAUCCAAACUACAACAUAGAAAUCUUGUCAAGCUUUUGGGUUGUUGUCUUGAAGGAGAAGAAAGGAUGCUAAUCUAUGAAUUUAUGCCUAACAAUAGCUUGGACUAUUUUAUUUUUGAUUCACGCAGAAAAGGAUCACUCGAUUGGAGAAAUCGCUUUAAAAUUGCUAUGGGAAUAUCUCGAGGCCUUCUCUAUCUUCAUCAGGACUCAAGAUUAAGAGUUAUUCACAGAGACCUAAAAACCAGCAACAUUUUAUUGGAUACUGACUUGAAUCCAAGAAUUUCUGACUUCGGCCUAGCUAAAAUAUUUGUUGGAGAUCAAAUGGAAGGAAAAACGAAGCGAGUAAUAGGAACAUACGGAUAUAUGGCCCCAGAGUAUGCAGUUGAUGGGAAAUUUUCAGUGAAAUCUGAUGUCUUCAGUCUUGGUGUGCUUUUACUUGAAAUUGUUAGUGGCAGAAAGAACAGGAAAUUUCAUCAUUUGAUUCAUCAUCAUAAUCUUUUGGGACAUGCAUGGUUACUAUGGAAUGAAGGCAAGGCCUUAGAACUACUGGAUGAAUGUUUAAAAGAAUCCUAUAUUGAAUCUCAAGUGAUAAGAUGCAUUCAAGUAAGUUUACUAUGUGUACAAAAAUUCCCAGAAGAUAGGCCAACAAUGGAAUCAGUAGUUUUCUGGUUAAGCAAUGAAGGUGUGAAAUUGCCUCAACCAAAGCAGCCUGGUUUCUUUAUUGAAAGAUAUUCAACUGAAUCAACUGAUGAAAGAUGUAUCACUGAAAAUACAGUGUCACUAACAAUUCUUGAGGCAAGAUAGACUAGAUUUCUCAAUGUAAUAAUACUACUAACCAAAUGGUAUCAUAAAAUCCCAGUUCAAAAAAUAUGAAUUGGCAGAGACGGAGCCAAGAUUUGAAGU